GGCGCUCGUACGAGCGACGCUUCAUAAAGUCUUCAGACCGGCAGCCGCGCACGAGAGACGCCGGAGCGCUCCGUGAGACGAGACGCACUUCAGCACGCACUGCCAAACUUCUGAUCCGCAAAACCCUUUGAAAAUCCAAACCACUCAUGACUCCGUUUGUGACGUUUUGACUGCGGUGUGCGCGCGCCUUUGUGCCAGAUCAGUGAUGGAUGAACGCGCUUCUCACUUGGAUUAAAGGACGAUUCUACGCACUUGGAAAAAAAAUAUGUGAGGUUGUCCAGGUGUCUUAGACUUCAACAGUACCCUCAAACACAGCCAUGAAAUCCGUACUGGACGGGGUGGCAGAUACCACCUUCCGGACUAUUACGUCUGGUUUGCAGUAUCUGGGCUCCAACGAUGCAAACUACGAUGACCCCAUCAGUGAUUCAGACUUCAAGGGGAGUUUGUCGCUGCAAAAGCCCCUGUCUGCAUUCCGCAGCAAUGCUUUCCCAAAUAAAAUCCCUGCAGAUGAAGAGCUGAUCCUCAAGAGCAUCCCCUUCUACCCUACCAAUGCCACCGACCUGUUCAGCAACCGAACCACAUUCAAAGAUGAGAAUAAUAACAUACAGUGCGGCGAGAACUUCAUGGACAUGGAGUGCUUCAUGAUCCUGACGCCCAGCCAGCAGCUGGCUGUGGCUGUGAUGUCGCUAACUCUGGGGACCUUCACUGUGCUGGAGAACUUGGUGGUGCUCUGCGUCAUCCUGCAGUCCCGCACCCUCCGCUGCCGGCCGUCGUACCACUUCAUCGGCAGUCUGGCUGUGGCUGACCUGCUGGGCAGUGUCAUCUUUGUCUACAGCUUUCUGGACUUCCACGUUUUCCACAGGAAAGACAGCCCCAACGUUUUUCUCUUUAAGCUUGGUGGAGUCACCGCCUCUUUCACUGCAUCUGUAGGGAGCCUUUUCUUGACUGCUAUUGACCGCUACAUCUCUAUACACCGGCCUCUUGCCUACAGACGCAUUGUGACGCGAACCAAGGCUGUUGUUGCCUUUUGCAUGAUGUGGACCAUAUCCAUCGUCAUCGCCGUGCUACCUCUGCUAGGCUGGAACUGUAAACGUCUCAAAUCCGUUUGCUCAGAUAUAUUCCCUUUGAUUGACGAGAACUACCUGAUGUUCUGGAUCGGGGUUACCAGUGUGCUUGUUCUUUUCAUCAUCUACGCCUACAUAUAUAUCCUGUGGAAAGCGCACCACCAUGCUGUGCGCAUGCUGAGUCGUACCUCCCAGAAGAGCCUCGUUGUAUACUCAGCGGAUGGAACUAAAGUGCAGACCACCCGCCCUGAGCAGACACGCAUGGACAUUCGUCUGGCCAAAACUCUGGUGCUUAUCCUGGUGGUGUUGGUUAUCUGCUGGGGUCCGUUACUAGCCAUCAUGGUCUACGACCUCUUCUGGAGGAUGGAAGAUGACAUCAAAACAGUGUUUGCGUUCUGCAGCAUGCUCUGCCUGCUCAAUUCCACCGUCAACCCAAUCAUCUACGCCUUGAGGAGCAAGGACCUGCGGCACGCCUUCCUCAGCUCAUGCCACACCUGCAGGGGCAGCGCCCAGCAAUUGGACAAUAGCCUUGAGUCAGAUUGCCAGAAUAGGAAUGCCAACAUUUCUGCCAAAAGAGCUGCAGAGAGCUGCGUGAAGACCACUGUGAAAAUAGCCAAAAUAACAAUGUCUGUAUCAACCGAAACGUCUGCAGAAGCGGUUUAAUUGGCUGCUGCAGCGGAAACUGUGUAGAUGUCAUUUCCCCAAACAAUGCCAUUUCAUACAUUAAACCAGAAACAAGAUACAUCAGAAAAAAAAGGGAAAAAAAUCCCCUCUUGAAAGUAUUGAUUACAUCCUCAUAUAGAUGCUUUAGUAGUCAUCUAUCGCAUUAAUUUGUGUUGGUGUGUGAGUAUGAGUAUAGUGUGCCGAAGUGCCAAAAGGUCAUACAAGGUAACAGAAAGGACUCACAGUUUGAUGGAUUUAACAAAGAUUUUCACAAGUCUGCUGUUUACCAUAGACUCAUUAUAUGAAAUUAGUGAAUUAUAUUUUUGUACUGUCAGUUCAGGUUUAGAAACAAUAUACAGUAUCUUCAUUUAUGGGAUAAGGGGC